GCAAAAGUUUUACAAAAUCAAAAAAACUGCUAAAUAUUUAUACAUAAAAUUGCAGUUCCUACAUUUGCAAUCAAGCGAGCUUAAUAUAAAAAACUAAAGUUAGGGUUAUCAAGCGAAAGUUCAACUGUGACUCACAUUCAACAAUUAUACAUACAUAUACUAGAAAGUUCACAACCACUUGCUACAUUAGAUCAUGACUGCUGUGGAGAAUGAGCCGCGCACAGAGCUGCAGGAGUUGCAGCUGAAAUCAGCCCAAGUAGCUGAUGAGUCACUGGAAAGCACACGUCGUAUGCUCAGCCUCAUGGAUGAGAGUAAAGAGGCGGGUAUACGCACGCUGGUGGCGCUAGAUGACCAAGGCGAGCAGCUGGAUCGCAUAGAGGAGGGUAUGGAUCGGAUAAAUGCGGAUAUGCGUGAAGCUGAAAAGAAUCUCAGCGGCAUGGAGAAGUGUUGUGGCAUUUGUGUGCUGCCCUGGAAGAAGGUGAACAUUAAGGAUGACAGCGAUAGAGCUUGGAAGGCCAAUGAUGAUGGCAAAGUGGUUGCCAGUCAGCCGCAGCGUGUCAUUGAUGAGCGCGAACGUGGCGGCAUGGGUGCUCCACCACAAUCAGGCUACAUAUCGCGCAUAACAAACGAUGCACGCGAGGAUGAGAUGGACGAGAAUCUGGGUCAGGUCAACUCUAUGCUAGGCAAUUUGCGUAACAUGGCACUCGACAUGGGCUCCGAGCUGGAGAAUCAAAAUAAGCAAGUUGAUCGUAUUAAUGCCAAAGGUGAUGCCAACAAUAUGCGAAUGGAUGGUGUUAACAAGCGUGCAAAUAAUCUACUGAAGAGCUAAGCUGAUACGCUCAAAAGCUUGUGAAAGAUAACUGUUAAAAAUGCCAGCCAUCACUCUUAACCCUUAUCCCCCAGCGUUACUCACUUUUGGCAAAAGCUUCUAUCUACGUACAGGGAACACUAUUGUGGGCACAAAAACACGACACUAUAUACAAACUCUACACACUCUAGUGGAUCAAAAAGUAUAACGACUAAAGCAACUUAACCCAUCAAAACGUAACUUGUAUACAUAUAUUCGUCUAUAUAUUAACUAAUCUUUACACUCGAAACUAAACAAAAUUUUAUAUAGAAAUUUUUUUCAUAUGAAUGUACAAGCAACUAUAAAACUUUGUAAUGUGUAUUGUCAAUGUAACAAAUAUUUAUAUAUCUUUAAUAACUAUAUACAACAGGAGUAAGGCGAAAGGCAUUUACACGUACGUAUUUGUAUGUGAGUAAGACGGGCAAUUUUGAAUGAUGCACAAUGGUUUUUUUAGAUUUAAGCUUAGUGUCAUAUGCAUAAAUUAUUUAUGUGCUGUUGAUUGUAUAUUACAUAUAAUGUAUUUAUAUAUACUUGUAUAAUUGUUUGUUUAGAUUAAUGACUGCCCUCUACCCCAGUUACGCCCCCCCUUGCUUACAGUGUUUACUAUUUGCCAAUUUAGUUGCUAUUCUAGAUGUUCAAUAAAAAGUGAAAUUACUCAAUUUAAA